AUGCAUUCCUCACUAACCCGCAUCCAGUCAGUAUUUGGCUUCUUUACUACGGUCGCAUUGUUUGUUAGUGCAUUUGCCGCGGUUUCAGUCCUCCUCUUCCCAGCAGAGGACACCAAUGCCUCUGUACAGCUGAAGAACGUCCAGGUCGUCAAAGGACGGCCGCAUUAUCACUCGACCAAGCGCGAGGAAUAUGCGCAGUUCCGCUUCGACCUCGACGCCGACCUCAGCCCGCUGUUCAACUGGAACACCAAACAGCUCUUUGUCUACGUAUACGCCACCUACUCUUCCUCCGACAAGCCUGAUUCGCAAGUCCGCGAUUCUGAAGCGAUCAUCUGGGAUAUCAUCAUCCCCGCGACACCAUCCCCAUAUUCCUUUGAAGUCCUCAAGGACCAAGUAACCGCCCUUCUCCCCGAAUCGCUUUCAUCAUCAUCUGCAUCCGCCGCGCGACGGAACAAGAAGCGCAAUGCGAAGCCAAGCAAGGCCGCCAAGAAGAAGGAGGCUGUGACUCCUGGUGUGCUGCGCUUGCGUGGCCAAAAGGGCAAGUACCAGAUCAGCGACAUCACGGGACGUCUUGCGGAGCGCCAGAACGUGACUCUCCACGUUGGGUGGAAUGUUCAGCCCUGGGUGGGCGCUCUGUUCUGGGCUCCUAGGACUGGCGCUAUCCCCAGGACUGCUGGGACCAUUGUCAGCAGUGAGCCCUUUGAUUUCCCUGAAUUGAAGGGUAACAAGAAGGCCGCUGCUGAAGAGAAGGCGAAGACGGAGUCGAAGAAGCCGGAGGCGCAUGCAUAG